GGAAAGGGGCUGGAAUGAGACUGUCAUAGGCCAGCCUUAUGGGCAGUGCAGCAAAAAUGUGACUUCAUUCGGGUAGUGGUCACAGACCUCAGAACAUUGAUCCACGUUGAGCCUGCAACCAUGUCUGUGCUGAAGAGGUCAGUGUUCGUGGGGUUGGUGCUGUUUGCUCUCAUUCCUCUGAAUGAUGCCGCCUGCUCAAUGACGAUGCUGAAAAGAGGUGCGACUCAUUGUCAGGACAUCAUGGAUAAGACCUGGCACCCUGUGGGAUCCUCCUGGACCAACGGCAAAUGUGUUCAGUGUACCUGCAGUGCUUCUGCAAUGAGCUGCUGUGAUGGAUUGCCGUCAUCUGUGCAUUUUACUGAAGAUUGCAUUGUGGAGUACAAUUAUGAGACAUGCACAUAUAAAGUGUUUAAAAGGAACGACAGGAAUAGUCCAUGCUCUCACGGCGCCGUCGGAAAGUGAUAAAAAAAAAAAAACAGAAAAUGAAGGCGGAUUUCAGUGAUUCUGAAUUGAUUUGAAGUGGCUUGUCAGUGGAGAUAAUGAAUCUAACCAGCACUCAGAGCUGCAGCACACAGCAGUGGUGAAGUGCACAGUGAUUUACAUUCAAAAGCAGAAGUGUUUUAGUCCUGCUGCAAAAUAUAACUAUAACCAUUAAUGGUAGACUGAAGAUGCACAUGUAAAGUACAGUCUAAUAAAAGUCCAACUUAAUCCCAACUUUCAGUUAGGAGUUUAAAAUGCUGUACAUCUAUACUGGCUUACAGAUAAUGUUUCAUAAACGCUUGCAAAUGUAUGGCACAUUAAAGCAAGAAUGCUUUUCUGUUUGGAUAGUAAGUAAAAUGGCUAUAUUUGUGUUGUA